GAGAAGGACAUUAAAGCUUUCUACUGAGAAGAAACGUCAGUCAGACACAGAAAGAAGAGAAAGAAAAGCAAAGGGAAGGUAAAGAGCGAGAGACAGCAGGAGGAAGACGUCAUGUCUCUGAAUGGGAAGGUGGCUCUGGUGACCGGGGGGGCUCAGGGCAUUGGCAGAGCGGUGGUCCACUCCCUGCUGCAGAGCGCCGCCAAGGUGGCCGUGGUCGACCUGAACAAGACGUGUGGUGAAGAGAGCAAGGCCCAGCUGGACGCCGAGUUUGGAGAGGGCAACUGCAACUUUAUCCCAUGUGACGUGUCCAACGGAGACGCGCUGAGAGAUGCAUUCCAGAGCACGGUAGACCAGUUUGGUCGUCUGGACAUUGUAAUCAACAACGCUGGCAUCAACAAUGAAAAGAACUGGGAGAAGACCAUACAAGUCAACCUGACCUCUGUGAUUAACGGGACCUACUUAGCACUGGAACACAUGAGUAAAGAGCACGGGAAGGAAGGAGGCACCAUUAUCAAUGUAUCCUCUAUGGCAGCCUACCUUCCUCAUUCUCCUCAUCAGCCUGUCUACACCGCCACCAAGCACGGAGUCAGCUUCACUAGAGCUAUGGCGGACGCGUCGUCUCUGGGCCAGUACGGCGUUCGGAUCAACGUCCUGUGUCCCGCCUUCGUCGACACCCCUCUGCUGCACUCAGUGGAACAUGAGGACAACAUGGGCAAGUUCGUCAAGUUCAAGGAUGAUUUCAAACGCAGCAUGAGCAAAUUUGGAGUUUUACAGCCAUCACUGAUAGCGGAGGGAAUGAUGAGGAUGAUUAUUGACACCAGUCUGAAUGGAGCGGUGAUGAAGAUCACAUGCUCCAAGGGAAUCCACUUCCACACCUAUGAACCCAUGUCCGCUUGAGCCUUGGUAUUCUGGACUCCUUGCCGCUGCUGAGGAGAGUACAGGGCCUUAAACUCACCAGAAACGGGACAUCAGGCUGCGUUAGAUUGGUUCUGGAGGAACAAACUGACCUGAACAAUGCCUGAUCAUGUAUAUAAGCCUACACGUGUCCAAAACAUGAAUGCUAUCCACAUAAUAAAAAGCUCUGUCUAAUAAUACAUGACAAUCAUGAUUUCAGAGGUUAAACCAAAGUCUUUUUCAUUCAGCUUUCUAUGUGUUAUAGUUGAGUCAUCCACCUCAGACAUCACUGAUUGUGUAGCAUAUGUAAUUAAACAGUGUUUUCAGCUGUAAAAGUUGUUAUUUAACAGAUGGUAUGUACGAUUUGUGUCAAAAUAAAAAUAAAUCAGUGGUAUAGUUUAA